UCAACUUAAAGAGAGUGUUUUAAAAAUGGUGACUGGUUGGAGAAGAGCUUUUUGCACUUCCAUUCCCAAGAAACAAGACAGCUCAGUUUUAUCAGAAAAACAACAACAACAGCAGCAAAGCAGCACCAGAAGUCCAAGAUUUACCUCAAAGUUUGGGUUUUUCUCCAACCCAUCAACGCCAAGGUUACAAUCUCAACCAGUUUCAAGCCCAAGUCUUCGUUGCCGAACCACUUCCACCCCAAAUUCUUCACUUCCCAAUAGCCCCAAACUCCAUUGCAAAACAUCCCAUUUCUCCAAUCCUUCCUCCUCUAAAUCCCCUUCCACUUUCUCCCUCCUUAAAGCCACUCUCCGCUUCUCCAAAGGUGGUCGAUGUGGAAUCUGUUUACAGAGCGUGAAAACAGGCCAAGGUACGGCGAUUUUCACGGCAGAGUGUUCCCAUUCCUUUCAUUUUCCUUGCAUCGCCGCCCAUUCCGAAAAGCAACAAUUACUAAUUUGCCCCGUCUGUUCCACCACCUUGAAAGAGCUCCAUUUACUCUUCCUUCAACAACCCGAACAAACUAAUAUAACAUCUCUCAAAAACACCAAAACAAAGCCGUUUCGGGUCUAUAACGACGAUGAACCAUUGGCCUCCCCUUUUUCUCUUUCUCUGUUUAAUUCCAUUCCAGAAUCCGAAGAAACUGAAAACGACGACGUAGAAGAGGAAUUCCAAGGGUUUUUUGUUACUCCGAAGAUUGGGAAAGAGAUUGGAGUUAAUGCAAGAAAUGUGGAGGUUAGGUUGUCACAAGAGGCGGCGGUGGUGGCAGUUGGGAGGAGUUAUGGAAGUUACGUGGUGGUUAUGAAAGUGCACGCGCCAACCGCUACGCAUGGGGUGAAGAGGGCUCCGAUUGAUUUGGUUACGGUUUUGGAUGUUAGCGAGAGUGGGAUGCGAUCGCAGAUGGUGAAACGGGCAAUGAGGUUGGUUAUCUCUUUGCUUAACGAAACGGACCGUUUAUCGAUCGUGGUUUUUUCGUCGACUUCGAAACGGUUGUUACCGUUGAAAAGGAUGAGUUCCAACGGACGGAGAUCCGCAAGAAGGAUUGUUGACGCGCUGGGGAGUAACGGGCAAGGAAUGAGUGUCAACGACGCGGUUAAAAAGGCAGCCAAAGUUUUGGAAGAUCGUAGAGAGAAAAACGCCGUUGCCAGCAUCCUGAUCUUGCACGCCGGUCAGGAUAAACAGUCUCAAACGAAUUCCACCUAUCAGAACCUUCCACUUGUUUCAACCACUCGCCUGGCACAUUCAGAGUUAUCCGUGCACUCCAUCGGUAUCGGUAUGUGCACUCACGCUCCAAAUGACGACGCGUUAUGUAAAAUCUUGAAUGGUCUUUUAGGCGUGGUGGUUCUGGAUGUCAGGCUCCAACUGGGAUUCGAAUCCGGGUCAGCCCCAGCCGAGAUUUCAUCGGUCUAUUCAUUGACGACCCCACCAGCUUUAGUCGGGUCGAAUUUGGUGCGGGUCGGGGAUUUGCACUCCGACGAGGAGAGAGAAUUAUUAUUGGAAUUGAAAGCACCCGUAUCUUCGAUUGGGUCCCACAGGGUGAUGUACGUUCGGUCCUCUUUCCGAGAUCCAUUUUCUCAGGAGAUGGUCUACUCGAGGGAUCAAAGCCUGUUAAUACCUCGGCCGCCACUACGGUCCUCCUCUCACACCAUCCGACGGUUGAGGAACCUCCACACCAGCACGCGUGCAGUGGCGGAGUCUCGUCGGUUGAUUGAGCGGAACGAUUUAUCGGGGGCGCACCAUUUGCUUACCUCAGCUCGAGCUUUGUUGAUGCAAUCCUGUUCGAGUUCGGCUGAGGAAUUCAUUCGCGGGUUGGAAACCGAGUUAAUAGAGUUGAACCAGCAGCGCCAGAGACAAAAGUUAAAUAGCAAUGUUAAUAAUCAUAAUGGUAAGGUGGAGGAAAAGGCUGAGCCGUUAACGCCGACGUCGGCUUGGAGAGCCGCGGAGAGAUUGGCUAAAGUGGCGAUUAUGAAGAAGCAUAUGAAUAGAGUUAGCGAUUUGCAUGGAUUUGAAAAUGCCAGAUUUUAGUUUCUUUUUUUUUAAUAUUUUUAUCCGCCUAUUUUGUAACGCAAAACAAUUAGUAGUAUGUAAAUUUAUAAAAAAAAAA